ACACGUCUGACAGUAAAUAAUAUUCUUAAUUAUUAUUAUUAUUAUCAUUAUUUAUGUACAAGUAUUAGAUAAACUCUUCGUCAUUUUACAGUUCUUUUCAGUAGUAAAUUGCUAAAAACAGGUUUUAACACAAAUGCUUACGAAUUCAAAUCAUAAAGGUGUCAUGCAACAUAAACCCAUAAUAAAUAUAAGUAAAUAUGGCGAUUCAACAAAUGAACAGAGCAAAUAUUCAUUGCAUAGAAAUUAUGGAGAACAACAUCACAAUGAUGAUAGGAAUAUAAAUUAUAACGAAGAAAUGAAUGAUGACAACGAUGAUGAUGAUGUUGAUGAUAAUAAUAAUGAAGAUAAUGUUAGAAAAGAUUCUAAAAAAUCUACCCAAAAUCUUUCUUCUGAAUUGUCUAGUAUUAAUGUAACUGGAGAAACUUCUAAAAAGAAGGGAAUCAAUCAAUUAGAAGUAUUAUCUGUACAUUCAUUGAAAUCUUCCACAUCUGUGAUGUCAUCACCACCAGUAAAUAUGUCUACAUCGUCGUCAUCAUCAUCAACAACAACAACAACAGCGGAAAUUUUAAAUAAUCCACCCAUGUUACGUCGUGGUAUAGCUUAUCUUGAUAUGGAUGAUGGUGAUUGUACUAUUGAAGAAGAUGAUGAAGAAGAUCAAGCUAAUGAAUAUUUAAAACACUCUGUACAUACUUCAAAUUUUAAUGUUUCAAUGAUCAGUAGUUGUUUAAUGUUAUCAAAUUCCGCGGCACCACAUAUAAAUUAUCAUUUACCCAUAAAUGAUAUAUUUCAUCAUUUCUUACGUUGAAUGAAAAAAGAUGAACAACUUUUCAUCAUUAAUAUUGUGAGUUUUAUUUAACACAAUUGGUAAAAAAGAGUCAUAAAAUAAUUAUUAUGAUAUAUGUAGAAAUGCUGGGUCAGGAAUUUCCUAACUUUCUACAUGUCAUGCUUCAUCCUCUAUUCGUGAUAUUUACUAAACUAAUUUACUUUCGAAAAGUGAAAAAUGAAUGGUAAUUGUUUUACUAAGUUAAUUCAUUUCAUUUACUAUAUGAAUAAAUACUGUGCAUGCGUUCAUUUUCAUUUUUCCC